AUGUUUACAGAGGUGGAAGCUGCAUUCAAGGAAGGUCGCAUCGCCAGCUUGAUCGGUGUUGAGGGAGGUCACGCUAUACAGAACUCUCUAGGUGUGUUGAGAGCCCUGAGGGACCUUGGUGUACGAUACUUGACACUCACCCACACCUGCAGCACCCCCUGGGCGGAGUGUGCGCGUGCGCAGGAGACUGACGCUGAAGACCCCAACUCCCCCAGGGGAUUGACACCCUUCGGCAAGACGGUAGUGAGAGAGAUGAACCGUCUUGGGAUGCUGGUGGAUCUCUCCCACGUGUCUCAAGCCACCAUGAAGAAGGCGCUGGAGGUGUCGCGAGCUCCCGUCAUCUUCAGUCACUCCUCCGUCUACGCUAUCUGCAAGAACCCCAGAAACGUCCCCGACGACAUUCUGAAGAUGGUGGCGAGCAAUGGAGGCGUGGUGAUGGUCAGUUUCUACAACUAUUUCCUCACCUGCAGCAAGGAGGCCACCAUCAGCAACGUUAUAGAACACAUCAACCACGUCAGGAAGGUGGCCGGUGUCGACCACGUUGGAAUCGGCGCCGACUUUGACGGCAUUAACAUGCUGCCGGAAGGGCUAGGGGACGUUUCGGGCUAUCCACGACUAUUUGCAGAGCUGUUGUCGGAACCCAGCUGGACCGUACAAGACCUGAAGAAGCUGGCAGGACAUAACCUGCUGCGGGUGAUGCGGGAGGCUGAGAAGGUGCGGCUGGAGCUGAAGGAAGAGAGAGUGAAGCCUUACGAAGAAGAAAUUCCUCGGGUUCCCGGUGACGACACCUGCUUCUACCGCUUCACCAGACCUGCUGACUUCGCCGAGUGAUGCACGACUUUUAUCACCCCCAUUUCCUUCACCUUUUCCCCCCGUCUUUCUUGACCCCCUCACCCUUUCUCCCCACGCCUUCUCUCCCUACUCAAGCCUUCGGCGUCUUGAAAAUCUAUGAAAUAUGGCCCCUGAGCUAUGAUUUGUGCCUCCCCGUGACGUGGUGAUCUAUGACUGAUGGUCUCCUGAGCUGUGAUGACUCCAGAAAUUCUCUGAAAUGUGACCUCUGGUUUCUGGCCUGUAUGGGUGGCCUCUUACUGCUGUGAUGACCCUGGGCAGUGCCCUGAGAUCUGAGGACUUUGACCUCUGCUUUCCCACCUGUGGAAAGAGGACACUCAUUGCGUUACUAGCUCUCGUUUGGGACAACACACACACAAACACUAACUUUGUCUCGAUGAAAGCUGGUCUUGCAGUCAUUAGUAGAUGCAGAAUAGGUUGCACGGGGUCAAAAUUAGUUGGUGCAUGACGUGUUGGGUCUCCAGACCUGUGAUGACCCCGACAAGCCUGUGAGUUGUGACCUCUGAAAAUAGAGAAGGAAAAGAAGAGAAAUGAGAGAUGGAAAUGAAGAAUUAAUUCGCGGUUUUUAUUACUGAAGAGAAGGUAAAUUACCAAUGAUAAUUAUUAUUAUUAUUAUUAUUAUUAUUAUUAUUAUUAUUAUUAUUAUUAUCGUAGAAAAUAUAAAGCAUCGGUGAUAAGUAUCAUUAUUAUUGAACAUAAAUCAUCAAUGAUAAUUAUUGAUGGAGAAGAGUGAACACAUUAAUGAUAAAUAUAAUUAUUAUUAUUAAAAAAAAGGACAACCAAUCAGUUAUCAAUGCUAAUGUCUAGGUAAACACAGAUAUAUAAUUAUUGAUGUCAGACUGAACACAAAUCAUCAUUUGAUAAUUACUGAUGUCAAAGUGAACACAACUCAUCAAUGAGUUACGAUGAACGACUCAACAGUAUUUCUUCUCGUGGACAAGAAAACCAGCAGCUUGUAAUUACCUGUAAAUAUACACUAAUUUACAACUUAAAAUCUCUUUAUUUUUAAGAUUUGGAUACAAAAUUCCUACAGUAUCCUGGUGAUAAAACAAAAUAUCAGUGUAGACUAGAUCUAAAUGUGUAAAUAAACACACACACACACACACACACACACACACACACACACACACAUACACACACACACACACACCACACACACACACACACA